UGUACUGUCAGUAAAGCUUUUGAAUUAAAGCUGAAAGCUUUUAUGAUAAACGAGUUCCCCGAGCAGAAAAUAACAACAGGAAGCCCACAUGAAAACUGCACGUAACCUGGUUUCAGAAAAUUUCAACUAGAGUCGUGUUACCGUUUUUAUUUUUAGACCUUACCAGUAAAAUCCAAUCUGACCGUGAAUAUGGCUAAUUGGUUAGUUUACUAACAACUUCCUCAAUUAUGUCGGAAGCCAUGUCCAAGUCAUAAAUACAAUCGAAGUCGCCGUCCAAGUGGAAUCAGUCGAAAGUAGAGAUCAGCGCAUAACCAUGAUACUCAGCUCACUCCUAUUAACAGCGUUUCUCCUUGGUGUUCUGGGCUCUAUGGAUAGUGAAAGUCAAACCCGUACGUGUUCAGCUGCUCCACAAUUUAGAGUAUCACAAGAUAGCCCAGGACAGAAAGUCAUCACAGUGAUCAUUGGCAAAUCUGUAACCCUAAACUGUUCUGCCGAUGGAUAUCCCCGUCCUACUACGACGUGGUACAAGGACGGAAAGUUGUUUAAGGAAAGGAAAAGUGGCAAAAAAACCGAUUGGGAAGAUAGGAAAACCGGGUUUACAUUGAAGAGGCUGAUUGCGUCUGAUAUUGGGUCAUACUCGUGUAAUGUGAGCAACCGAUAUGGAUGGAUUUACCGUACAUUCAAAGUAGAUGCCUAUGUCCCUUCUAGUUGCGACCCCAACGGAGUAACGUGGGAUUUUACCCACACCAGCGCCCAGAAGGAUUUAAAUCGGACACAUGAGCCAGGGGGCACUCUUCCUUGUAACAAAGAUCGCCCUGAUGUUCUCACUGGGAAGAAGACUUAUAAUGCUCCUAUCCCUGGCAUCGUUUCAGCCUGCGUGCUGAUUACUGUAGCUGUUUUAAUUGUUAUCUGCCGGCGCCGUCGGUCCAGAAUCAAGAGAUCCUUAAAGCUUUCAGUUUUACUGUCACAACAUGAAUUUGAAUACGAUGCGUUCGUUAUUUUCAGCUCCCAAGACUCGGAUUGGGUGAUUAAAACUCUAAUUCCAACUCUUGAGGAAAAACACCAUUUUAAAUGUUGUGUACACUACAGAGAUUUCGUUGUUGGAGUACCUUUUCGUGAAAAUAUGGUCAACAGUGUUUAUAAGUCCAGAAAUACAAUAGCUGUCCUGUCUAAGAACUUUUUCAAUAGCAAUUAUUGUGGUUCUGAGAUGGAAUAUGCCCUUCAUCGACUUAUGGAAAGGAAAGACGAUAGUGUAGUGGUCAUCAUAAUUGAUGACGUUGACAGAGGAAAACUUCCUAAGGAAUUGCGAAAAAGGAGCUAUAUAGAUUAUCAAAAGAAUGUUGAAAAGGAUCACUGGGAAAGAAAACUGGUUAAUUGUUUAAAGAUCCCAAACAAUCAGCCAGAGGAACAGAUUUUGUAAGAAUCUUACUUUGUCUAUGCGGUCACCUACUCGGAACAUUGGCGGUGUAUAAAUAGAUAAGUGACAUUUUUUAUUGUCGCUGAAUCAAUUUGCUUAUUACUUUCCUUUCAACUCCUUGUUUUCUCAAGCGAGACAUCGCUUGCUUGCCUACGCUUGGGCUUCCCAGAAUCAUAUAAUUUUGGCAUCGAGUGGGUAAAAAGUUUAACAUUUUAAGUGUUAUGAACCAGUCUUGUAGAAAAAUUGAAGAAUCUCGUAUUGUAAUAAGAGAGAAUGAUUGUAACGAAUUUGUAUUGGGACUUGGAAGGAAAUGAAUCUUUUUAAUCAUGUAUCAACCGUUUGCUAAGUGAAUUUGAACUUUUUAAUUCCUAAGAUCUUAUGAGACCCUUUACGAAGUGUUCAUAUUAAGAAUGUCAUUAACUUCUUAAUUUUCAUUAGGGCCAAUGCUUUUUUGGUUACCUCGCACAGACCCUAUCUAUUUUAAUAUUGUUGGAUUAAAACCUAAACUUCUUUGUACCAAAGAUAGGUUCUCAUCAUGCUUUUAGGCUCGAGACUAACAGGUUGUAGUUCUUUAAGAAUUACUGAUUUUAGGAGUGAAAUGAUAGUAAAACAGAAGAAAGAAAAUUAACACCUAGAUGGUAAAGAUAAUUUACUUUUAUUUUAACUUUGCCGGGUCGCGAAAAGUUUCGAAGAGAUAUUGAGAAAGGCAAGGAUGUGACUGAGGGGCUUAAUUUCAUUCCAGCUGUGAGUUCUUUCUUAUCUCUCAGUUCAAUCACAGUUGUCCUAGCAGUUUGUUUAUCAAAUAGGCGUUGCCUCUUAAGGACAGAUUUAUUAGAUGACAAGAAUCGUGAUUGACAUUAAUUCUGUACACUGAUUUAAAAGCACUAGGUUAUUAUGUUUCAAACCAGUUUUUAGAAGGAGAUAAAGAAAGAAGAAAGAAGUAAUUUCAUAUGGUCUGUCCAUAAAUCCGCUUACCUGAAGAAUCUGCUAACCUGUAAAGUGAGACUGUUGUAACGACCCACCACAGAAGUGAGUUUACAUUGAAGUUUUCUGAAUUUAGCUACGAGAUUAAGACUUGAUUUGCGUCUGCUCUGAUUUCGAACUAUAAAUGUAUUACUUUUAGAGUGAAUAAUUAUUAAAGCUUGGCUUGAUAUUA